GCCGCCGCCUCAGUGCGCCAGAGCCCAGGGCCAGCCCUAGCGCGCCUGGAGGGCCGGGAGUUCGAGUUUCUGAUGCGACAGCCCAGCGUCACCAUCGGCCGCAACUCGUCGCAGGGAUCGGUGGACCUGAGCAUGGGCCUGUCGAGCUUCAUCUCCCGGCGCCACCUGCAGCUCAGCUUCCAGGAACCUCACUUCUAUCUGCGUUGCCUCGGCAAGAACGGUGUCUUCGUGGACGGGGCCUUCCAGAGGCGGGGAGCGCCAGCCCUUCAGCUGCCCCAACAAUGCACCUUCCGGUUCCCCAGCACGGCCAUCAAGAUCCAGUUCACGUCCCUGUACCAUAAGGAGGAGGCCCCAGCAUCCCCCCUGCGGCCACUCUACCCUCAGAUCUCUCCACUGAAGAUCCACAUUCCGGAGCCGGACCUCCGGAGCCUCGUCAGCCCCAUCCCUUCCCCGACCGGCACCAUCAGCGUCCCCAACUCCUGUCCAGCCAGUCCUCGAGGAGCUGGGUCAUCGGGUUACCGCUUUGUCCAGAACGUGACAUCAGACCUUCAGCUGGCCGCGGAGUUUGCAGCAAAGGCCGCCUCUGAGCAGCAAGCAGACACGUCUGGUGGGGACAGCCCGAAGGAUGAGUCGAAGCCUCCGUACUCGUAUGCGCAGCUGAUCGUGCAAGCCAUCUCCUCAGCACAGGACAGGCAGCUAACACUAAGUGGCAUCUACGCCCACAUCACCAAACAUUACCCCUAUUACAGGACUGCCGACAAAGGCUGGCAGAACUCUAUCCGACACAACCUCUCUCUUAACCGUUACUUUAUCAAAGUCCCUCGAUCCCAGGAGGAGCCUGGGAAGGGCUCCUUUUGGCGAAUAGACCCUGCCUCUGAAGCCAAACUUGUGGAACAAGCAUUCCGAAAGCGGAGACAGAGAGGCGUCUCCUGCUUCCGCACCCCCUUCGGACCUCUGUCCUCACGGAGUGCUCCAGCUUCGCCCACCCACCCUGGACUGAUGUCCCCUCGUUCCAGUGGCCUGCAGACCCCAGAGUGCCUGUCUCGGGAGGGCUCCCCCAUUCCACAUGAUCCUGACUUAGGGUCAAAGUUAGCCUCUGUUCCAGAGUAUCGCUAUUCCCAGAGUGCCCCAGGUUCCCCUGUCAGUGCCCAGCCGGUGAUUAUGGCUGUCCCUCCCCGACCUUCCAACUUAGUGGCUAAGCCUGUCGCCUACAUGCCAGCUUCCAUAGUGACCUCACAACAGCCCUCAGGCCACGCCAUCCAUGUGGUGCAGCAGGCCCCCACCGUCACCAUGGUGAGGGUGGUAACCACCUCUGCCAACUCAGCCAACGGGUACAUCCUCGCUAGCCAGGGCUCAGCCGGAGGCUCCCACGACACAGCAGGCACAGCCGUGUUGGACCUGGGCAAUGAGACGAGAGGUUUGGAAGAGAAACCCACCAUAGCAUUUGCCACAAUCCCUGCAGCCAGCCGAGUUAUCCAGACGGUCGCCAGCCAGAUGGCCCCAGGAGUCCCUGGACACACGGUCACCAUCCUGCAGCCAGCUACGCCAGUGACUAUCGGGCAGCACCAUCUUCCAGUGCGGGCUGUCACUCAAAAUGGAAAGCAUACUGUGCCCACGAAUAGCUUAGCUGGCAACGCUUACGCCCUCACCAGCCCCCUGCAGCUCCUGGCAGCCCAGGCGAGUUCAUCCACACCAGUGGUCAUCACCCGGGUAUGUGAGGUAGGGUCUGAGGAGCCAUCAGCAGCCGUCUCGGUGGCCACUAAUGCCACAUCAACCCCAGCAGCCUCCACUACCACGUCUGCCUCUUCCAGCGGGGAGCCCGAGAUCAAGAGGUCCCGGGUAGAGGAGCCCAGUGGGACAGCCACCACACAGCCCACAGCAAUGGCAGCCACUGGCCCCCAGGGCCCAGGUACCGGCGAGUGAAGUCACCUGCAGGAAGGUGGAGUGGGACUCAGGCCACAGGUGCCCAGGUGGCCAGCUGCUGCACUCAAGGACGGAGUAGAGAAGCUCACAGCUGCCUGCAGCGCGUAUGCCAUGAGGGUGGCCGCCACACCUGGACAGUUUCCUUUUUAUCUCCUGUCCUCCCAUGGUUUGAAACAAAACACAUAAACACGGUCAGACAACUUGAUUGUAUGAAUCUGGGGGUUCUGUGUGUUUAUUUACCCCUCCCUCAUGCCAUCGCCACUCCCCAGUUCUUGUGGGAGAAGGUCUAGCCCAGCUCCUCAGGAACUGAUCCCAGCCAGCACCCUCAAGAAGAAUGAGCCCCAGGACUGGACAGAAGUACAGUGCAAACCCAGGCUGCUCUCCUUGGGACCCACAGAUUUCCUGUUUGUAACUGAGCAGGAAUAGACCAGAGAACAGUGGUGAGAACGUCCCAGCCACAGACUGGGAUGCAGUCCUCUCCCCAAAAGUGACACUGGGAUGCAGUCCUCGCCCCAAAAGUGACACUGGGAUGCAGUCAGUCCUUGCCCCAAAAGUGACAUAGGUUGCGGCAUUAAUUGGGGUCAAGAGGUCUGCUUUGGCUUUGGACCCUAAAAUAAUUCUUAUAGUUCAACAUGGAAUUUGGGCUCAUCUCAAACCUGAGACACACAGAAGGGUUCACGUGUCUUUGGGGUUCCCUUUGGUAGCCAGUUGAGUAGCUGCAGGCACUCACCCACACCAGCCCUUGGUGAACAUGCCGCUCUCCCCGAUAACUCCAAGAAGGAUCAGCGGCUCCCACAUUGAUGUUGGAAAAUCAGCCCAGGGCCAGUGCCCAUGGCAUCCAUUCCCACAGUACUGGCUUAGCCCAGAGCUGCAAGCUACAACGGAUAUCCAGGAAAACCUGGGUAGCUUCAGGGGACAUCAGUCAGCCCCUUGCUCAGCAAGAAGGAUACUGGUCUGUACCAGUGGAAGACAGCGGGGAUGCAUCCUGUUUCUGGCAGCUGGAGGUGCUAUGCAACGGUCUGCUCACACUGCCUUCCCCUCACACAUUCCAGUUUCCUGAGCACCCCAAGACGUGUCCAGUUUGCAAAUAGAAACCCUCUCUUCUACCUGAAGCUGGGUGUCCCUGGCUGUUCCUGGCUGUUAUCCACUGGGAAGGAAACUACCUCUCUGGACAGCAGUUGGUGCCAAGUUUGAUUACAGUGUGGCAAGAACCAAAGUAUGGGGUCAGCCGAGGACUCGGAUCCCCAGAGAAGGUCCCUUUGCAUGCCUACACAAGCUACCAGCAGCACUUUGAACACAGCGAGUCAUAGGAGUAGGAGACAUUGACUGUUCCACAGUCUGGGGAUGAGAGAUGGUUCUGCGGAAGCAGUAGCAGCAGCUGCAUGGCAGAACUUCAAGGCAGCUAGGAGCUCAGUGCUGGUCCUCCUGGAUGGUGGGCCAUAAGCGACAGUGACAACUUGGACAGAGAACCCCAGAAAAGUCGGGCUACCCUUGGCCUCUUCCUCUGCCCGGGCCCAGUCAGAAGAGAAGAGAGAGCCCCGUGAGCAAAGAGCAGGCAACCCCAAGAAAGGAGGGGCCACAGCCGUACAAGCUGCCUUUGCUGGAAGAGUUGCCAGUCAGUGACCUGGAGGCUACGGAGAGCAGGUGAUCGGGUUGGAUGAAUUCGGGCUCCACCCUAUGGCUGCCACUAUUGAAGCCACCAGUCCCCACACACGCCAAGGACCAGUGCAGAGCACCUGUCUAGCCCUCUUGAGCUAUCUCCCAAGCUUCCCAGUCAUUUCUGUAGUACUAAACGUCAAGCUGGAAGAGAGCUCUGUUUUGUAGGCCUGUCUGUCUCCUGGGAGGUUUCCGAGAGGCGGGGCUGGGGUGUUAGUGGCUGGGGGUGGGUUUUCCAGGUGGAGCUGCCCCUUGGAAUCAAAUGGCUCUAUCCUACAUCUCCCUGUGCCUGGCAUGGACUUGUUCUCUGUGUGCCUGGUGUGAGCAUGUGGCUAGGGAAGCGGGAAUGAGCUGAGACCACAAGGGACGUUAGUGCCACCUGCCGAUCUUCCCCUCUGUUACCGUUUACUCCAAGGCUGUGUGCGCAUGGUCACCCUGCAAAGGCAGAUUAUUUGUGGAUUGUCAUGGUAGGCACUGUGUGCAGCCCCUGCAUGGAACUGUGGGGUCACCAUCCGUCACAUCUGUCAUCAGGUCUCAGAAUGGCCCUGACAUCAUGGUCUCCAUCCUCUGUAGCGGAUCCUCUCACCAUUAACACGGGUGUGGAAGGACAUGGAGGAAGAGAGUGGAGCACACACUAUCCCGAUGUCCUACGUGACCUUAAGGCAGAGGGUCCUGUGCCCCUGCUUGGGCAGCAUGAGCUAGAAAGGAGGAGGCUAGCCUGGUGUCAUUGCUCUAGAAGUGGAUUUGGUUAUCUACCAGGUAGCACCCGGCUUGUGCCAGCUUUUGCCCACAGCCAUUAACCCAGAAUAGCCAGUGCUCAGAGCAAGAAUCCACAGUCAGCUGGAACUUGCUCCCGUGAGCUCUGGGAAGCUAUCUGUGGAAGCCAGAGCCUGGGUUAGGGGCCAUGACCAUCCACUGUCUAGACCAUGGCUGGCGACCCUGGAGGACCCCAGCAAGCCCUGGGUUGGAGAACAGUUGAGGCGCAGAUGUGAUGCCUGGUGACCUGUUCCUCAGGGCCACAGUGGCUCCUGUCUCUGGCACAGCUUUCUCUGAACUUGCCUUGUUUUGGUGAGUGUUCCCUGGCAGAUCCGGUGCCUGGCUGUCCGCAUGUCCACUCCUGUCUUCUGCCUCACAUCUGGGACUCGCCAGACUCACAAAAUGCUGCAAGCAUAGGAUGUCACCAUGGUGACUGGAAGCGAAGAGACCCAGCCUGAGAGCUUGCCUGUCUGAGAGCUCUCUCUGUUCCUCUCCCCUGCCGGUCUCUCCUCCUUCCUCCUCUUUCUCUUUCCCUUCCUCCCGCCCCUUAUCUUUCCCUUCUAUUCCUAUCUAUCCCUCCUUCCUUCUUGCCUUUUCUGUCUCCUCCCCUACCUCAGCUUGGCAUCCAGGGAAUGAUAAACAUGUCUGUCAACAGCUCCUGGAGCCUUGCCUUUGUGCAAGGCGGGGUAUCCAACUCAGAUUCACUGUCCAUGAGGAAGCCCAUGAACCCUUCCCCUGCUUUCUACAUCCUUAUAAUCUAGAGAUCUCCUGCCUCCACCUCCUGUCCCACACCAGGCUUGCCAAGAUCUGAAAUAAUAGUUGUUACCCAUCUUUCCCCUUAAAGGGGAAAGCUCUUUCACAAUAAUCUGGGAGAGCUGGAAAUGGGCACAGCCAGGUGAUGGGGUCAGUGUCUUCCCCUUUGGGCCAUAGUCAAAGACUUAGUUAAAUGCAAGGAAGAAACCUUUCCCAUGGAGAAGUGGUAGUGGGAUGGAAUUUCCCGCUUUUCCUCAAAACCCUCUGAUUCCAUAUUGCACCAUGUGAUGUUGCCCACUCUGGGGUGUGCCCCCCCACUUUGCUGACCAAGCCUUUUCCUGUCCAUCUGAAUAGCUCAGUGCUCGCUCUAGAGUAAGUCAGAAAGUGAGUGAGUCUCUGUUCUGGGGAAAGAUCCCUGUGUGGGAACAUCACGUCCCGAUCACUAGUGGUAAAGUCACCACAGUGAUGACAGGGUAGCCUCUUGUUCUGGCUCAGGGUGACAGGGGUGACAGGGCAGUCGUCACUAGCACCUCACCUCCAGUCUCUCAGAAUACCUCUGCUUAGAAGCAAUAUUACAAAGGAUAAGUCAAAUUGUUCCAAAGAUGGCCGCUGCUGACCCCAGCUUCCUUCCAGAGCAGGGCCUCCAACACGUACUUUGACUUGGAGAAGGCAGGUGAAAACUGGGAACAGACAAGGCCAAGGCCUCCUAAUUUCCACCUGCCACUUCAGUCCUGCUCCCGACUGAAUGUCCCCUUUCAUCUUGUGAGUCCCUUGCUCCAGGCCUUGAAUUCAGGGUGGCUCUUGCAUUGCCUGCUUGUCAAGUUCUGGGUUUUUGUUUUGUUUCGGUGCUGGAGAGUAAGCUCAGGGCCUUGCACAUGCUAGGCAAGGGCUGUUCUACCACUGAGCCAGCUCACGGCCCUUUUGAUUCUUUAAACUUGAGACAGGGUCUCCUGAAGCUGCCCAGGCUGGCCUUGACCUUGUCAUCCUCGUCUCAGCUUCCUGAAGUGCUUUAUGAAGUGCCACCAUGGCCUAGUGCUCCUUGUUUUUCGUUUGUUUUUUCUCUACCAAAGGCUGCUGCAUUGGUGACACAGCAGCUAUGGCCUAGAUGCCCACAGACUAGCACUAACACCCUCUUCCCACGGCCUGUGGUUUGAACAAUUUGGGACUGUCCAAGGGACUGUCAUCCUCGGGUUACUACUUCCCUCUCCCUGCCCUCCCCAUUGCUACCCCCAAAGUCACAGCUGCUUGGCAAGUGGAGUUCUGUGACCCAACCUCAGGCAUUUCCAUCCAAAUAAGACAUAGACCCAUUUCACAUUUCACUGACUUUAGGGAAAAUAGUUUUCUACUUUUUUUUUUUUUGGUUUUUCGAGACAGGGUUUCUCUGUGAUUUU